CAGAGGGCGACCGGUAGCUAGGGGUCGGCGUAAAAUAUAUGGAAGUUAUCGUCAGUAUUAUCGAGUGAGAAUAAAAGGAAGUCGUUUGCGGACGGGAUCGACGCCCGAGUGGUAAUCUCCGGAGUGUCUCCGACCGUCGUCGUAUCUAAGGAACGGAGACUAACGGAGGACGAAUGUCGGAGAGCGCGGACACCAGCGAAGACAGCGCCGCUUCUCAGGACUGUCGGCGACGGACGGAGGGCGAAGACGAAGAGAAUUCGGGCAAGAGCGAGAGAAGUCGCAGUGCCCGCAUAGGGUUGUCCGGCCUGAAUCGAGACGGAAGAAGCGCUUUCUCCCCCUACAAACCAUCCACUGUUCUGACCAAUUUGCAAAGAGGGAAUGUCCAGACACAGACUGCCUGCCAACUUCCAGAAAGAAGCGUUCAUCAGUUAGCUGCUCAAGGUGAAUUGUUCAGUCAGCACUUUGGAGUAAAAAAGAAAAAGUCUAAGUGAAGAAGAAAAAUUAAACAAAACAUGCAAAAUAUGGAUUAAAAUGCAAUUGUAAUAGAAAUACAAGAGUAUACAUUGGAGAAACAGGAAGACAGUUAAAAAUACAAAUGAAAGAACAUGUAACAGCUUUAAGAUUUAAACAUCAGUGGUCACUGUGGACAAUAUGUCAAAAAUAAAUAAUUGUAAAAUAUUAUUAGAGUGAUGCCUCGUACUUUGAACUUUAUUCAUUCCGGGAGGUCGUUCAAAGUCUGAAGCAAUUUUUCCCCCAUAAGAAAUAAUGGAAAGGGAAUUAAUUCAUUCUCCAACCCUGAACAAUAUCCGUUUUGAUAAACUUAAAAUUGCAAAUACACAUAAUUUAAGGUAAAAAUAAUACAAUUAUAUGCUGUAAUAAUAAAUUAAAAUUUGAAAACAAUAAAUAAAAUACAUAAAUAAUGUAUAAUAAAAUAAAAAUUGCAUUUCCUGGUCGUGCACUGUUGACUUUGACAUCUUAAACAUGGUUACCAAAUCUGCCUCAUGCAUACUGCUUUCAUGUUUUGUGAUAGGUUUCUUUUUAAUUUCAAUUGUUGAUACUACAACCUUCCUUUCAGACUCUGUUGCUUCCACACCCAUUUGGAAAAAGUUAAUUAUAAAAUUUUUUAAAAUUAUAUCCAAUAACAACAAUCAAUCUCCCGGAUCAUAUCGGAGUACAGUAUAUUACAGCUAUGUUUAAUAAUUAGAACAUAGAGUAAUUUUGACCAGAGAUAGGCAAUUAAGUCACCAUUUCACAAUAUGAUAAAUUUAAUAAUUAUUUAUAAUUUAAUAAUUAAUUUAGAAAGUUCUGGAAGAAAAGAAUCUGCUCGGAGUGGGACUGUAACCCGUAAUUUUCACACACCCUGCAGACACAUUGCCAAUUACACCUGUUUGAUAUUAAUCGAGAAUUGGGUUAUUUGAUGUUUAUAUUUGAUAUCUUUUAGUAACAAUCACUGUGUAGUUCAAUCAAAUGAGCAAAAAUUAAUAUUUAGAUUUGUCAAAUAAAAUGCCAUGUAAUUGCUUUGGUAGAAUAGUUUCAGAAGCUUCAUUAUUUUUUUAAAAUACUCUAGCAUUUAUUAAGUUAUUGACAGUGAUUACAGAGGUAAUAUUGAUAUUAAUAUAUAAUUUUGGUGGUGGUGGUGGUGAUCAUUAUAUAAAAGCUGAAAGUGAAAUUGUACAAAUAAUAACGAGAAAAGCUUACAUCAGUGGCGUAGCGUGGGUGUCAGCCACCCAGGGCGGACGAAAAUUUCGCCGCCCCCUUAUUUAGGUAUCUCAACUUAAAAGACUAAAAUUCAGUUU